AUCUCUAUUAACCAUCAGAUUAAAUAGGAUCUAGGGUUUCAUCUUAUCCAAGGGCAUCCUCCUCAGAUGGACGAUGUGUUCGAAGAGGAGUCAGAGCAGACAGUGACAAUCCAUGAAUACCUUAAUGAUGUCGAAGAACGGGAGUUGGAGGCGGAUUUGGUUUUGGGAGGGGACGAUGGUAAGGAGUGCACUUACAACAAAGGUUACAUGAAGAGGCAGGCGAUUUUCUCGUGCCUGACUUGUACUCCAGACGGGAAUGCUGGGUUUUGCACUGCAUGUAGCCUAUCUUGCCAUGAUGGACACGAGGUUGUCGAGUUAUGGACAAAGAGAAACUUCAAGUGUGAUUGUGGAAAUUCAAAAUUUGGGGUGUUCUUCUGCAAGCUUUUUGCAAAUAAAGAUCCUGAGAAUAUGGGAAAUUUGUACAACCAUAAUUUCAAAGGUUCCUACUGCACAUGCAAUCGCCCUUACCCAGAUCCAGAUGCUGAAGAACAGGUGGAGAUGAUCCAGUGCUGCGUCUGCGAGGACUGGUUUCAUGAGAACCAUUUGGGUCUUGAAUCUCCUGAUGAGAUACCAAGAGAUGACAAAGAUGAACCAUUAUAUGAAGAUUUCAUCUGUCAAGCAUGUGUUGUUAUCUGUUCUUUCUUGACCCUCUAUCCUCGAACCAUUUGGAUACCAUUGAGGCCAAGUGAUGCUCGACUAAGCACUAGCAAAGAAAGUAAUGUGUUGGGAGAUGCACUGUCAGCUAGUUCUUCCUCUGCGAGAGUUGAUAGUAGCAUUUGUUCUUUGGAGCCAUCAAAAAGUGAUCCUUCACUUAUCAAUACUGAUACUGAAAAAAUACCAGGCGAAAAAGGUGGAUCUCUCAGAGAGCUGUCUGAGAAAAAUAUCGGUUUAGGAGGUAAUGCUUCAGUGGAUGCACCUUCAAUUUGUUCCUCUGGGAAGCUGGAGAAUGGUAGCAGCUCUUCUCAUUCUCAGAGAAAGGACUGUUCACUUCCCCUUUGUGAAUUUGUAAAUGAGGCGAGUAAGGAGGGUGUAUUGCUUGCAGAAAUACCAUUGAAAACUAUGGGUUUAAACAAGUGCUCACAGAAUGCUGGUGCAAGUUCCAAAUGCAUGCUUGGAGUGGAUCUGCGGGUAGCUCCACUUCUCUUAGAGAAAGAGAAACCAUUGUUCCUCUCAAAAAACUGGAGAGAUGUUCUCUGCAGGUGUGAAAGUUGUAUAGAAUUCUAUACCCACAAGGGUAUUGGCUUUCUGAUUGACAGGGAGGACUCAAUUAUAGAAUAUGAGAAAGUGGCAAAGCAGAAGAGGGAGGAGAAGUUGCAUCAGCAGGAAGGAGUUGAGUUAAAUUUUCUCAACGGAUUAGGCCAUGUACAGAAAAUAGAGAUCCUGAAUGGGAUUGCAGAUAUGCAAAAUGAGUUACGAUCCUUCCUGGUGUCGUCUGACCCAUCAAAACCAAUCACAUCUGCUGAUGUCCAUCAGUUCUUUGAAAAUCUUUCAAAGAAGCGCCGUCGUAUACUUUAAGUUAUUACCUGGAUCAUAUAUUGGAUAUAUAUUAACUGUAAACUGCUGCAAACGGUUUUGGAAAAGAUAUGGGAACAAUUCUGAAAGCAUGUAUAUUUGUAGAAAUGUUACUUGACUGCUCAACCGAUAUGUAGUACUUAAUAUUAUGAUUACUUGAUCAGUUAUUCAUCUU